GGGUUCAACAACAUACGGCAACACCAACAACAACAAAAACAAACAUCAACACCAACACAUAUAUACACACUCUCUCUCUCUCUAUCUUUGCUGCCAUGUCAGAGUGUAACCCCGUCCUAUGACCCCGGCGAAUCCGUAUUUGUAUGCUUCUCUCUCUAAAAACUUUCUCUCUCUAAAGUUAAACUCUCCCUUUCUCUCUCUCUCUCUACAUAUAUUUAUUUGUUUGUCUCCUAUACACUUUCUCUCUCUUUCUUUCUUUGUUUCUCGUAUCUCUCAUCUAUCUCCAAAGUUUCUAUACCCUAAUCUUGCUCACCUCUUUCUAUAUCUCUAUCUCAAUCUGGUGAAGUUUGCUCUUUGAUCCAAGAAUAAGAUUGGAACAAAACUUUUAGAGCUUGCAGCGGAAUGCUGUCUAGAGGCUUUGAUGCAUCAACCUUAUUGUGGACUUGCGAUAUACUUGCUAUACCUUUGAUCCACCUAUGAAAGACCCAGGUUGAAAGAUGAAGGAAAGCGAUUCAUCGGCUAGUAAAAUGAUUAACAAAAACUGGGUCUUAAAGCGCAAACGGAGAAAACUCCCUUAUGGACCAGGUCUAUCCAAUGGUAAAGAAGACAGCUCCGUGGCACCAGAAUCCCCAAAGAGUACUUCUUCAGCUAAACGCAGGCUAAAGGGUGAAAUUAAUUCUGAGCAAUUUUUAUCCAAGAAGAAAGGAAAUGAUGGGUAUUACUAUGAAUGCGUGAUCUGUGAUCUUGGUGGCAACUUGUUGUGUUGUGAUAGUUGUCCCCAGACCUAUCAUCUCCAGUGCCUUAAUCCACCUCUAAAGCGCAUUCCAAUGGGGAAGUGGCAAUGUCCAAGCUGCUGUCUGAAAAAUGACCCUUUAAAGUCCAUAAGCCAACUUGAUACGAUUUCAAAACGAGCAAGGACGAAGAUAGUCACCGGAAAAUCAAAAACUGGAAUUCAGUCUGACAUGGCCAAAGUAUCCCGUAUUUUUGGAAGCUCCAUUAUUGCAAGGAAAAGGUCCUCCAGCAAAGGAAAAUCUGUCAAACUAAUUGAACAGAAACCUGUCUCCCCCCAAAUAGAUAUAGCCUGUAACACCAAGCCAAGUGAUCCAUCUCUUGGUUUGCUGGAGGGUAGUUCAGCAUGUGUGAAUGAUGAUAAUGAGAAGAAGCCUGAUACAGAGUCCCCUGUGGACAGGAAGUCAACGUCUCCUGCUAGGGAAACUUCAUCUCAUUCUAAAGUCACAAAUACAGAGGCAACUGAGGAAGCUCCUGAGGUAAAGCCUGAUUUAUCUAGUAAAAAUGUCUCCCCAGGAAGAACUCUGGUUCUUGCAAUCAGUGCUGCCACUGAGGAACAUAGAAAAAGAAAACCGAAAUCGAAUAAUGAAGACAGUCAAAAGAAGCAUAGGACUGAUAAGGGAAAAUCUAUUCUUAGUUCUUCUAAGAAACGUAAAUCCAAAGCAAAUACUGCCAGCCCUGUAACUAGUAAAUCACUGCAGAAGCGUAAGUCUAUCAACCAUGAGGUUUCCACAGCUUUGUCAAAGGAGGAUCUUGGAACAAAGAGUUCAGAUGCUCAGAGGAAAGAUGAGAAGCUUCCUCAGGAAGCAACAAACCUAUCACAUGAGUUAAACAAAAAAGGUCAUGUUGAUGAAACAGUAAUCUGUGGAGAAAGUGUUGCCACUGAGACUCUGCAGGUUGAUCGGGUUCUGGGGUGUCGAGUUCAAGGCGAUUACACGGGCCUUUCACGUCACUUAUCUGUGAAUGUAGCUGAUGACCUACGUUCUGAGGACUUACUAAUUUCAGAAAAUCAAAACAGACUCUCAGAAGAAAAUUCUGCUUGCGAUACUGAUUUAGAUGUAGGAGCUGCUGAAAAUCAUACUGAGGGUUGUCAGAAUAUUGAUAAGAGUUUUGACAGGGAAGAAAGCAUGAAGAAUGAAGUGAAAGUGGAUAAAAUACAUGUAUACAGAAGAUCUGCAACCAAAGAAUGUAAAAAAGGAAAUGCCAUGGAUCUUUUAAGAAAAGAUAUCAAGGAUUCAGAUUCUUGUGCUAUGAAUGGUAAAGAUCAAGAUGAAUCUGCUGUAACUACAGAGGAUUUUGAAAAGGCAAAUGAAAGAAUGGUUACGGAGGAGAAUACUGAUGUCGGUUUGAGAAAUCAAGAUAUUGAUGAAGUUCCAAAAAUUUAUGAAACACACGUCUCUAAUGAAACAAAAGACGAUAAAGAGGUUGAUUUAGAAAUGGGAAUGAGAAGCUCUGCAGAAAACAAAAUUCAGGAAGCCACCCUGGCUGAAUCUGGUUGUGUUGAUGGAGAGAAGGUAUCUUAUGAGUUUUUAGUUAAGUGGGCUGGGAAGUCUCAUAUUCAUAAUAGUUGGAUUUCUGAAUCCGAGCUCAAAGUUCUGGCAAAGAGGAAACUUGACAAUUACAAAGCAAAGUAUGGGACAGCUGUAAUAAAUAUCUGUGAGGAACGCUGGAAGCAACCUCAACGGGUGAUUGCUCUCCAUAAUUCCAAACUUGGUACUGGUGAAGCUUUUGUAAAAUGGACUGGUCUCCCUUAUGAUGAAUGCACUUGGGAAAGAUUAGAUGAACCUGUUCUUCAAAAAUCUUUGCACCUGAUUGAUCUGUUUAAUCAAUUUGAAUGCCAUACAUUGGAAAAAGAUUCUCCGAAGGAUGCUUCACUAAGGGGGAAGGGUGAUUGUCAGCAAAAUGAAGUAGUUACUCUCACAGAGCAACCGAAGGAACUAAGAGGUUCAUUAUUUCCCCAUCAGCUAGAAGCACUCAAUUGGUUGCGAAAAUGCUGGUAUAAAUCCAAAAAUGUGAUACUUGCUGAUGAAAUGGGGCUUGGGAAAACAAUUUCUGCUUGUGCUUUUAUUUCAUCUCUGUAUGUUGAGUUUAAAGCUACUCUGCCUUGUUUAGUAUUGGUUCCACUUUCCACAAUGCCUAACUGGCUUGCUGAGUUUUCAUUAUGGGCUCCCAACUUGAAUGUUGUGGAGUAUCAUGGGUGUGCAAAAGCAAGAGCCAUUAUUCGCCAAUAUGAGUGGCAUGCUAGUGAUCCUAGUGAGUUGAAUAAGAAAACAGCUGCCUAUAAGUUUAAUGUUCUUUUAACUACAUACGAAAUGAUUCUUGCUGAUUCCUCUCAUCUGCGUGGAGUUCCUUGGGAAGUUCUUGUGGUUGAUGAGGGCCACCGUCUGAAGAAUUCUGGAAGUAAGCUUUUCAGCUUGCUGAAUUCAUUCUCCUUCCGACAUCGUGUACUGUUGACUGGUACACCUCUUCAAAACAAUAUUGGUGAGAUGUAUAACUUGCUUAACUUCUUGCAGCCAACUUCAUUUCCUUCUCUAUCGGCAUUUGAAGAGAAGUUUAAUGAUCUUACAACUGCCGAAAAAGUCGAUGAAUUGAAGAAACUUGUUGCUCCGCAUAUGCUUCGAAGGCUUAAAAAAGAUGCAAUGCAAAAUAUCCCCCCUAAGACUGAACGAAUGGUUCCUGUCGAGUUGUCAUCCAUCCAAGCAGAAUACUAUCGUGCAAUGCUGACAAAGAACUAUCAGAUAUUGCGGAAUAUUGGGAAAGGGGUUGCCCAGCAAUCAAUGCUAAAUAUUGUGAUGCAGUUAAGAAAAGUUUGCAAUCAUCCGUAUCUCAUACCCGGUACCGAACCUGAUUCUGGGUCAGUAGAAUUCCUUCAUGAAAUGCGGAUAAAAGCCUCAGCCAAGUUGACCUUGUUGCACUCGAUGCUUAAGAUUUUAUAUAAGGAAGGUCAUCGAGUCCUUAUUUUUUCACAGAUGACUAAGCUUCUUGAUAUUCUUGAAGAUUAUUUGACAAUAGAAUUUGGGCCUAAAACAUAUGAGAGAGUGGACGGCUCUGUUGCAGUGGCUGAUCGUCAAACAGCAAUUGCGCGCUUUAACCAAGAUAAAAGUCGGUUUGUCUUCUUGUUAUCAACGCGCUCAUGUGGCCUUGGGAUCAAUUUGGCAACUGCUGACACUGUCAUUAUCUAUGAUUCUGAUUUCAAUCCACAUGCUGAUAUCCAAGCUAUGAAUCGUGCACAUCGAAUUGGACAAUCAAAUAGACUUUUGGUAUACCGACUUGUAGUUCGUGCUAGUGUUGAAGAGCGUAUUUUGCAGCUUGCAAAGAAGAAACUGAUGCUUGAUCAGCUUUUCGUGAAUAAGUCUGGAUCACAGAAAGAAGUGGAAGAUAUUCUGAAAUGGGGAACAGAAGAACUUUUUAAUGAUUUUCCUACCACAAAUGGGAAAGAUACUGGAGAAAAUAAUGGGAACAAAGAUGAGGCAGUAGUAGAUACAGACAUUAAGCAUAGGAAGAGGACUGGUGGUCUGGGAGAUGUCUACAAGGACAAAUGUACGGAGAGCAGCAGCAGGAUAUUGUGGGAUGAAAAUGCAAUUUUAAAGUUGCUUGACCGUUCAAACCUUCAGUCUGGAUCAACUGAUAUUGCUGAAGGGGAUUCAGAGAAUGAUAUGCUUGGUUCAGUGAAGGCGGUCGAAUGGAAUGAUGAACCAACAGAAGAACAAGGAGGAGCUGAAUCUCCUCCUGUUGUUACUGAUGAUAUUUGCACACAAAAUUCUGAGAGGAAAGAGGAUAAUGCAGUAACUGGUACAGAAGAAAAUGAAUGGGAUAGACUUUUGCGUCUGAGGUGGGAAAAAUAUCAAAUGGAGGAGGAAGCAGCUCUUGGUAGAGGGAAGCGCCAGCGAAAAGCUGUUUCUUACAGGGAAGCAUAUGCUCCACACCCAAGUGAAACAUUGAGUGAGAGUGCUGGAGAAGAGGAACGAGAUCGGGAACCAGAGCCUGAGCGGGAAUACACACCAGCAGGACGUGCUCUAAAAGCAAAGUUUGCUAAACUCCGUGCUAGACAAAAAGAACGGCUUGCUCAGAGGAAUGCAGUUGAAGAAUCUCGUCCUACUGAGGGACUGGCUGGACCUGAUUCAGUCACUCAAUGUCCUUCCUCCAAUCCCAAGGAAGGGGAUGCGACUGAAUUAGAUCAACCUAUCAAAGAGAAGAUUUCAGUAAUUGACUUGGAGGAUGAUAAAGUUUUUCAGCUGGCAGAUGUUCCAAAGAGUAAGACUGAUUCACCUUUAAGGCUGAGCAGAAUGCAAAAGUACAAAAUGAGUAGUCACCUGGAUUUUCCUGUUAAUCCACUUGGUCACCCCUCUCCUGAAAUUUUCCUUCCAAGUCACCAAUUUCAAAGCAUGAGCUACACAAACUCAGUGCCCACCAGUAACUUGUUACCAGUUCUGGGACUCUGUGCUCCCAAUGCUAAUCAAACAGAACCAUCAUAUCGGACCUUUUCCAGAUCAAAUGGAAGACAAAGUAAGCCAGGAACUGGACCGGAGUUUCCAUUUAGUUUAGCUCCUUGCUCUGGGACUUCAAUUGAGACAGAUGUAAAAUGUCAGGACUCUACCUUAGACAGAGCAAAAAAACCAGAUGCAUCUGCUGAAUUUUUGCAACAGCGUCUUAAGAAUGGCAUCCCUGAUAAUUGUCUUCCGUUUGCUCCAGGCCCUCCAGCUGUCAAAGGAAAAUCUUCUGAACGCUUGGAAAGUUCUGGUUCUACUUUCUCAGAUUUUCAAGAAAAGAUGGCACUACCAAGCCUACCAUUUGAUGAAAAAAUGCUGCCCAGAUUCCCACUUUCAGCUAAGACCAUGCCAACACAAUUUGACUACCUACCUAGCUUGUCAUUAGGUAGCAGACUUGAAGCUGGGAAUGGUUCUAUGCAAGACCUCCCAACGAUACCAUUGCUGCCCAACUUGAAAUUCGCAGCACAAGAUGCAGCGAGAUAUAAUCAGCAAGAGAGGGAAUUGCCACCCACAUUGGGUCUUGGACAUAUGCCAAAUACAUUUUCCUCGUUCCCUGAAAACCAUAGGAAGGUGCUUGAAAACAUAAUGAUGAGAACAGGAUCCGGAUCAAGCAGCAUGUCUAAAUAUUAUUCAAGAGGGGGAAUAAGAUGGUCUGAAGAUGAACUUGAUUACCUGUGGAUCGGUGUUCGGAGGCAUGGACGAGGUAAUUGGGAGGCCAUGCUAAGAGACCGCAGGUUAAAAUUUUCUGGUGACAAAACUCCAGGAGAUUUGUCAGUAAGGUGGGAGGAGGAACAACUUAAGCUCUUCGAUGGGGCAGCCUUUCCUGUUCCAAAAAUGAAGCCAACAAAGUCUUCAAAAUCUUCAUUGUUUCCAGGCAUCUCUGAUGGAAUGAUGGCCCGGGCAUUGCAAGGAAGUAGACUUGUUACACCCCCAAAAUUUCAGGCCCACCUGACAGACAUGAAAUUAGGUUUUGGGGAUCUUGCAUCGAGCCUGCCAAAUUUUGAAACAUCUGAUCGACUUGGGUUGCAAAAUGACCAAUUUGUACCAAUUUCAACUUGGAAUCAAGAAAAAUAUCGGGCAAAUCUUCCUGGGGAGUCUUCUGCUGGUCCUUCUGAUCGUCCAGGAACUUCUUCAAAUGUACCUCCCAUUGACAAGCCAAAUCUGCUCAAUUCUUCCGGAACCAAUAACUUGGGUUCAAACUGCUCGAGUGGCUUUGAUCUACAGAGAAAGGAGGAUGAACAGAGUGCCAGAAAGUAUGGGAAGUUGCCCAGUCUCUUGGAUAGAUCACUAAAUAUUUUGCGUGAUUCCCAUCAUAAUUCAGGAGGUGGUGAGUCCUCCAAUUCAGGAUUGCUUCCUGAUCCUAAAAAAGGGCUGAAUCUUUCACAUCUAAAGGGUGAAGAAGCAGCUGGAAGUAGUUCUUCAAAGGACAAACUACCCCAUUGGCUACGGGAAGCUGUGAGUGCUCCUGCAAAACCCCCAGAUCCCAACUUGCCUCCCACUGUAUCAGCAAUCGCACAUUCAGUUCGUUUGCUGUAUGGGGAGGAUAAGCCAACCAUUCCUCCUUUUGUGAUCCCAGGUCCGCCCCCUUCCUUACCAAAGGAUCCAAGACGGAGCCUAAAGAAGAAAAAAAAACGGAGGUCACAUUUGUUUAGGCAGGUCCCACCGGAUGAUGUUGGAAGUAGUCAGGAUUUUCAAAGAAACAUUCAUAGUGACAAUGCUGCUUCAAGCUCAAUUCCAUUGGCCCCAGCAUUUUCAAUGCUUCCACAGAUUGAAUCUAACCUGAACUUGCCUCCUCUCAACUUAAACAUGACGAACCCAUCAUCUUCUUUAUCACAUUUACACCCACAGAAGAAAAAAAGCAUGGGAUUGUCCCCAUCUCCGGAAGUGCUUCAGCUGGUAGCAUCAUGUGUUGCUCCUGGCCCACAUUUAUCAUCAGUUUCUGGCAUGACAAGCUCAAGCUUCCUUGAAAGCAAGCUCCCAGUGCCAGCUUCUGUUGACCUAGUAGGAUUUCCAGACCCACAAGAUGCAAUUUUGGAAAAGAAGGCUAAACAGAACUCCCCUCUUAGUGUAUGGGGUACAGUUCCUGGGGAGAAAGUAGAACAUCCUGAAAGUGGAGAUUCCAGCAAAACUCAUUCAGAUCCCCCUCGGACUGAACGGCCUGAUGUUGAGGAAAUAUCAUCUGAGGGCACUGUCUCGGAUCAUCCUGUGAGUGACCAUGAAUCAUAGCUAUAAUAUUAGACUGAAAAUUUGAACAUAGCUAUUCUUUCAUGCUUCUAAAGUUUCAGGCUCUUUCACCAAUGUGCUCGAAUUUUUGUAGGCAUGAUGCAGUGAAUUAUGAACUAGCAAUAUAGGUUUAUUAGGACAUCGCAUGUAAAGUUUCUUAAGAGAAAAAUGCAAUAUAGUGUCGCUUGGUUUUGCUUAAUUCAUUGCCUUGCUCCAAUCCAUGAGCUUCCUUUUUCCUUCUGAUCUCCGACCAAUGAGAUUAUUAUUUUUGUGGUGUCAAAUCCACGGGUUUAAACAACAAAGAGCUGGUGCUAAAGUCCUGUCAGCCAUGUCAGAAAACAAUGUGGCUCACCACUGCUUUCAUACUGGAGUAGAGCUUUAAGCAGUGAAUAGCUUAUCCACGAGGCCGAAAUGAGCUAACUCCUGGUGCUGAAAUGCAGUUUUAGGACACUGCAAGCAAGUAGGGUCAGAAUGAGCAAGUUUUGGGUUCUAGAGAAACAGUUAUGUAAAUCUCUCUCUCAACUGGUCCAUUUAUAAUUGUAAAGAACUGUGUUAAGAGUUGAUUUGGUUUCAAUGUAGAAUUAAGGCAAACAGAUUGAUUUACAUGUAAUUCUCAUUAGGACUCUUCAGUGCUAUUGGGAAAGAGACAAAUACUAGUCCAAAAGUGGCUACAUGUACUAGACACCAUGUAGCCAAAAAGCUUGUUUUCUAGUUAUCAGGUGCAAGUUAAAAUUGUGAAAAAUAUUGAGAUUUCCACAGUUCAUGGACAAGGAUGGAAAGCUCCCUUGUUAGAGAGGAAUUGAUUGUGAAAAUAAUAGAAUAUGUUGUAUCCAAAGUUUGGAUGACUCAGA